AUGCUCUGCACCGCCUCCAAAGACCAAGGAGUUGGCUUCUUGAAGGCAAGAAUCAAGACUACAUUGAUGGAUCAAAAAGGAAUAGGAGGUGUUGGACAUGUUCUCGAGUUCAAGAGUUCUGCUCACAGUACCCUACUCACUCGGCUCGCCGCAGCUUCGCCGGAUCACGUCUUUGUGAUGGUGGACUCUGCGUCGCCGAGAAGAAAUAGAAAUGGUGGACAUGAAAGCCUCACGCUCGAGAGUCUCGUCAACUUCUGCUACUCUGGUACAAUCAAGAUCAGUGCCAGUAACGUACUGAGUGUUCUGCCAGCUGCUUGCCAACUUCAGUUGAACGAAAUCCAGUCCAUAUGUGAAUUUCCCAAGUGGACCACCUCGGCGACCAGGUCGACAUCACAAGAAAGUGACAGUCCGCGAAGCUCGGCUGAAGCCGAGUCAUUCAUUCGCAAAUGGACACUACCGGAAACAGUGAAUCUUGAAGCUAUCCGUACUCAACUCAGCGAUGCUGGCCAUCUAUCCAUCGAGGCACCGAAAAAGCUCCAAAGUUUUACCAAUAUCGCAGCCAAUGUCCAGCACGAUCCUAAUUGUUUGGAUCUCCUUCAG